AUGCGGUCACCAUUGGUCAUAGCUCUUGCGCCGGAGCUUCAAUUGCUGUCCAAGUGCAGUAUUCGAACAUCGACAGCACGACGAUGGCUCUCUACUAGUCCGGGCUUGAAAGCUCCUCGAAGCUCUACGACACCACUGGGUGGCUCUUUUUUCCUUCAAAACAGGCUCUUCGAAAGAUCAAGAUGUCUUGAAUCUAUAAUAUCGAGGCGCAAUUCCAGAGCGACCUCAACCUCAACCUCAACUUCGCCAACCCCACCCCAAAAGCCUGCGUCGCAAACACCUCAAUCGAUCUCAGAGCUCGCUCCCCACCGCCAGCGACAGGCCCGCAAACAAGCUCUUCUUCAAUCUUCGUCGUCCGAAGCUCCUCUGCCUCCUGAUGCCUCCUCGCUCCUCACAUCCGCCGCGGCGUCACAGCCGAAGGACUCCUUUCGCCGAAGAUUUUCUGCAUACUUGUCGCUCACAAAGCCCCGCCUAACCGUCCUCGUUGUUCUGUCGGCCAUGGCACCCUAUGCGCUAUAUCCGGUUCCCGAAAUGCUGAUGCCCACAAUGACUGAGACGCCGAGUCUAAGCCCACUGACGCUUCUAUUUUUGACGACUGGAACUGCGCUUUGUUCUGCGGCCGCAAAUACUCUCAACAUGCUGUACGAGCCAUCCACGGAUGCCAAGAUGACAAGGACAAGGAAUCGACCGUUGGUGCGAGGCCUCAUUUCGAAUCGUGCAGCGGCUUUGUUCGCCGCCCUUUGCGGCGCAGCCGGCGUAACCGCUCUUUAUUACGGCGUCAACCCCACUGUAUCGUUCUUGGGUCUUUCAAACAUUGUCAUUUACGCCGGCAUCUAUACCCCGCUGAAGGCGGUAACUGCAUUCAACACAUGGGUCGGUGCUGUUGUUGGUGGAAUUCCACCCCUGAUGGGCUGGGCUGCCGCUGCUGGCGAAGCUGCCACAAAGGACGGGUCCUGGAAGGAGCUGCUCCUGGCCAGUGAUGGAUCAUCCAUUGGCGGAUGGCUGCUCGGAGGCCUUCUUUUCGCUUGGCAGUUCCCUCAUUUCAUGGCUUUGAGCUGGGGCGUCCGCGAAGAAUACAAGGCUGCGGGCCUGCGCAUGCUUGCGUGGACCAAUCCGGCGCGAAACGGGCGCGUUGCAUUGCGAUACAGCCUUGUCUUCUUCCCCUUGUGCUUCGGACUUUGUGCUGCUGGCGUGACGGACUGGUAUUUUGCUUUGACUAGCACGCCCCUCAACCUCUGGCAGGCCCGUGAGGCAUACCGGUUUUGGAAAUACGAGGGUCACAAAGGAAGCGCACGGGGUCUGUUCUGGGCCAGCGUGUGGCAUCUCCCUGGCGUGAUGAUACUUGCUUUGCUGCACAAAAAGGAUAUGUGGAGUCGAGCCUGGAGAGCCGUUUUUGGAGAGGAUGAAGAUGGAGAAUGGGAAGAGGAGGAACUUGAAGAAAUGGCAGGCAUGGCAGCUGCUGCUGCAGUUAAGAAUGGCGAGACGACAAAGUCAAGACGGUGA